GUUUGAUAGGCAUGAGCGAAUUUGACCCUUUGUCCAUUUCAUCCCGGUUCCCUAAACCCUCAAAAACCUCAUUCCUCCAUCUCUGUAACUUUACGAACUCCAUUCUUGCUCUCACUUGUUCAAUAUAUAAAUACAUGUUGAUAUGAUAUACCCACAACAAAAUUUACACCUGUAAAUCAACUUUAUUUAUUUCCAUUUAUUGGAUAUUGAAAUGAAAGCGCUGAGAACACUGACCUUGAUUCGAGCUUUAUCUUCAAAUCCAGGGGAAACCCACUUCAAUUCUGCUCUUUUACGCCGCUUCUACUCAGCUCAACCUCAGCACGAUGAAUCCCCAGUUACGGCUAUUACAGAUGAAUACGAUGACGAGGCAUCAGUAUUUGACAGUUCUCAUUAUGAUUUAGACCUGAAUUUGAACAGGGGUAAUAGUAGCGACGAUUCUGGGUCCGAAAGAAAGUCCACGUGGGAUGAUAAGUACAGGGAUACUGUGAGAAGUAAAGUAUUUGGGGAAGAUGUGAAGCAUUUGAGAAUGUUAAAGAAAGAAGAGGACAAGAAGAAGAGAGCUGCCAUACUCGCCAAGUCACUGCUUGAGGCCGCAUUGGAGCAGCCAGAUGAGGAGGAGGAGGAAGGGGAUCCGAGGGAGGUGAAGGAGGAGGAUCAGAAGUCAUUGUCUGUUGGUAUUAUUGGGGCUCCAAAUGCUGGAAAAUCUGCUCUCACUAAUUGCAUGGUGGGGACUAAGGUUUCUGCUGUUUCGAGGAAGACACAUACGACUACUCAUGAGGUGUUGGGAGUUAUGACAAGAGGAAAUACCCAAAUUUGUUUCUUUGAUACUCCGGGACUUAUGUUAAAGAAAAAUGGAUUUCCUUGCAAUGAUGUCAAAGUCCGCAAUGAAAGUGCAUGGAGUUCUGUGAACUUAUACGAUACUCUCGUGGUUAUAUUUGAUGUUCAUAGGCACCUGACCAGGUCAGAUUUUCUCCCCCUAUAAAUUUGAUCAAACCUCAUCACA